GAGACUCCGAGCGGACUCCCCGGCUCAGUCACCACUGCCAGUGGCGUCUUCUUAUCGCGGCGUGCCCCUGAGCAUCCUCAUGCGUAUUGAUGUGUUGCAUCAGCGACGGCCGUCUGAUUGAUUUGCUCAUUCCUCGCUCUCUGUCGUCAUCAAAGUGAUAGAGGUCCUCCUCUGCUGCCGAAUUCGUCGCUGAUCAGUCGAAGACGCCGGAAUUGCAUCGACGCUGUCGGAUCGCCGAGGCGGAAAAUGUUGGCGAGGAGGCUUUUCAAGCGCAUUGGCGUGCUUCUGACGGCGAGUGGAGUCGCAUCAGCUGGGCUGAAGACCCUCUUCGGUCGCCGAAGGUAGAGGAGAUGAAUCUCUCUCACAGUGUAUCACUGACUCAUGCAUCCCUAGCUGUCCUUUGUUUGUGCCUGCAGGUGUGCAUCAUGGCUGGCAUCGACACGGCCGCUGCAGGGGCUGACGGCUGUCGUCACAGGUCAGUCAGCAGGAAGGAGCCGACCACGCACAAUCACGACCUACGGUGAAUGGAAUGUGUGUGUGUGUGUGGAUCAACGUGUGUGCAGGGGCGACGAGAGGCAUUGGCCGCGGCAUUGCGAGUAUGUCACACGCACUGACGACGGAGUGCAGACGGAGCUUUCAUUUUGAUUAAUUCUUAUUGGCUGGCUGCAGUUGGUCUGGCGGAGAGUGGUGCGACAGUGUACAUCACCGGGAGGACGCUGAAGGGGGGCAAAGACACCCUGGGGUCGCUGGAGGAGGUGCAGCAGACCAUCAAAGACAAAGGUGAGAGAGACCACAUCCGCACAAACAAACAAGCAUACAGAUGGAUGGAUGGAUGUGUGUGUGUUUGUAGGUGGCGAGUGCAUUGCCUUGCAGUGCGACAGCGCAGAUGACCGGCAGCUGGAGCAGCUGUUCAAGAGAGUCGAGAGGGAGAAUGGCGGUCUCGACGUGCUCGUCAACAACGCAUUCACAAUACGUACGGCAGCACAAACCACAAAGCACCAGCCAGACAGACAGACUUGUCAGGCAGCAAACGACCACCCGCUUUUGCCGCUGCUGUCUGUGUCUGUCUGUGUCUGUGUCUGUGUCUGUGUCUCUGUCUGUGUCUGUGUGUCUGUAUGUCUGUGUGUGUGUGUUGCAGCCCAGCCAGUGAGCGACUGGAUGGGCAAGCCCUUCUGGCAAUCACCCGCCAAACUCUGGGACGUCAUCAACGGGGUAAGACGGCGCACACGAAGGCACACAUGAAGGUCACCAUUACCUUAAUCAACAGGUCGGUCUCCGCUCCCAUUUCGUUGCGAGUGCCUUGGCAAGCCCGUUGCUGCUGCAGCGAAAGGGGCUAAUCGUCAAUGUGAGCAGCUGGGGCGGUGUCAGGUACAUAUUCCAUGUCAUCUACGGGAUCGGCAAGGCGGGAAUGGACCGUAUGGCGGCCGACAUGGCCGAAGAACUUAAACCGCACAACGUCACGGUCGUCAGUCUCUGGCCGGGAAAAGUAAGAUCAUACACACACAUGCGUCGUGACCACGGUGGGUCUCUUCAAUCAAUGUGUGGCUGCUGUGAAUGGCAGGUGCGAACAGAGAACUUUUACAAGCUGCUGCAAGAAAACGGUCAGUCUGGAGGCAUUAGGUCACUCUGAUGUGGCGAGAGUGUGUGUGUUCUGGUGCGACCUGUGUCAGAUCCCCUGACCAAGGGCGUGUUGGACCCCUACCUGUCUGAGUCCCCACUGUACAGCGGCCGGGCAGUGGCGGCACUGGCCUCACUCCCACCACACAAACGACUCAAGCGGACGGGAUCGGUGCAGGUCAGCAAAACCCCACAACCACGUCGCACAUUCUUCUUACACGUGUGUGCGUCUGUGCAGGUGACAGCCGAAUUGGCGAGUGAGUUCAACUUUAACGAUGAGGACGGCACGAGACCGCCCUCAUUUCGGUCACUGCGAUUCUUGCUGCCGUCGGGGGUGAAGGCGCUCAAGGGGAAGGAGCAGCUGGUGCCCGACAUCAGGAUACCAUGGUGGCUCAUCAAGACACAGGCGUCGCCCAAGUUCUCAUAGAUAUGCACACGAAUACACUCACGGGGGGACGGUCCAUUGAUGGAGAGACGGACGCACAGACGUUGAUGUAAGUAACGAUGGCAGAUC